AUGGGCGGUCAAGGCAGAGAAGGCGGCAAGGUCAAGCCCCUCAAGGCUCCCAAGAAGGCCUCCAAGGACCUCGACGAGGAUGAGAUCGCCUUCAGAGAGAAGCAGAAGGCCGACGCCAAGGCCAAGAAGGACAUGGCCGACGCAGCCAAGGGCAAGAAGGGUCCCCUGAACACGGGCUCCCAGGGUAUCAAGAAGUCGGGCAAGAAAUAA